CAAAACUCAAGAACCCCGCAGACUUCCUUCGCGAGCACAGUGGGUUUAAGGUGCUCCUCCGAGUAUCUCGAAUGUAGCUCUGCGUGCCACGAGCUUCUGCCACACCUUCUUCCUUUCAGAUCUUACCGGCGAUGAAUAGCCAGACGCCACUCCGCGACCUGAGUUCAGCGGAUCUUGUAACCAUGGGAUCUCCCGUCAAUGAUCUUGAUUUCGUCUCCCAGCAAAAGGAGCUGUGGCAGGAAUUUGACGCUUGUGGUUCCUUCCCCUGGGGCUGGCCCAGAGUGAAUGGAGGCAAAGGCGAAGGUCUAGACGAGGACCUCACUAUGGUCGACAUCGAUGAGCAGACCAUGCGAAUCACUGAGGAUUUCGCCAUUAUCCAAAGUCCCACCCUUACCCUCAACUCCAAUCGAGGAUCUUUCGCCUCUUCAAGUACAACCACCGGAUGCACCACAAACGACGCUGAUACUGGGUCCGCGACCGAGAUGAAGCCUCGAACGCAGCGCGAACGGAAUCGUAUAGCCGCAGAAAAAUGCAGGAAAAAGUCUAAAGUCAAGGCAGAAGUACUGAAGGAGCAGUGCAGGGAGCUGUCUGAACGGAACCGGCAUCUGCUGGAACAGGCUCGGUCCCUGCAGAGCGAGGUCCUGGACCUGAAGAACGAGCUACUGAACCAAGGGAACUGCAGCUGUGAGCUCAUGAGCGGAUAUGUAUUGCCAAAGUUUCUUGCUACCGUGCCUACCAGCCCUCCUUCCCUCCUAGCCAGCCUGGACUAG